AUGACACCAACUUUCGUACAAUGCUUAGCUCUUUUUGCGGGAUUAGUCUCUGCAAAGCCAUUUCAGCAACAGCAGGCAAUUCUGGCACUAUCGCAGGAUGCACAGGUAAGAGAUAUUCAUAUAGGGGACAUAAAUUUCAUCCAUACAACAGAUACCCAUGGAUGGUUGGGUUCACAUCUGUCACAAGCAAACUAUGAUGCUGACUGGGGAGACUUCGUUGCCUUUGUCGAGAUUUUUAGAGAAAAGGUGUCGCAACUGUCCAAGGACGUGAUAGUCAUCGAUACUGGCGACAAAAGAGACGGUAACGGUUUGAGCGAUGCUACUUGGCCUCCCGGCUUACGAAGCUCGGAAAUAUUCAACAUGAUGGAUUACGACCUUUUGACAUUAGGCAAUCAUGAGCUAUAUACGGCCGAAAGUACCAUACUAGAGUAUAGGGGCACUUCUCAAUCCACCAAAUUCAAAGACAAAUACGUUUGCAGCAACGUGGAAUUCAUUGAAGAUGAUGGAAAAAGGGUGCCUUUUGGCAAUAAAUAUAUUAAAUUUGAAACUCCCGUAAUGAAGCAAAGAGUUCUGGCUCUAUCUUUUUUGUUCAGUUUUCAAAGAGCGAAUAACAGAGCCAUUGUAACACCUCCAUUGCAAGAAUUAAUGGAGAAAAAGUGGUUUCAAAGUAUGAUCGAGGCAAACAAAGAAGAAGAUGUCGAUCUAAUUAUUGUCUUUGGCCACUUGCCUGCUACUGACCCUACGGAGCGUGAAAUGCAGAAUAUUCACUCUCUAAUAAGAAAAUACUAUCCAAACACUAUUAUACAAUAUUUUGGAGGACAUACCCAUAUUAGAGAUUUCGUAUGGUUGGAUUCGAAAUCCACCUGCUUACAAAGUGGUAGAUUUGCAGAAACUGUUGGAUUCUUAUCAAUCAAUAUGACGAAUACUGUGGAACCUGACAGUCCUGUUUUUACAAGAAGAUAUGUUGAUUUCAAUAAAAAAUCCUUCAAAUAUCACUUAAGAAAAUUAGGGAAUGAUUCGGAUGUCCCAACAUCAACGAAAAAAGGUAAAACAAUUUCUCGUCUAGUGAAGGACCUGCGAAAUGAACUAAGCUUGAACCAAAAACUGGGGUACAUACCAAAAACCUAUUAUGUGUCAGCAAGACCAUUAGAUUCUGAAGAAAAUCUUUAUCAUUUGAUCACCCAAAAAAUUUUGCCUAAUUUAGUUCCCUCAAAAAACUAUGAACCUUCCAUGAGUCGUUUCAUGUUGAUUAAUACUGGUUCUGUUAGAUACGAUCUUUACAAAGGUCCAUUCACGAAGGAUACCGAAUAUAUAGUGAUGCCUUUCAAUAAUGAUUGGCACUUUAUCACAGUUCCAUUAGUGGUUGCCUCCAAGGUAGAAAGUUAUUUAAAUAAAGGUCCUGUCAUUGCAUCGCUAGGAACACCAUCAUCAUAUCAUAAGAAGCAUCAUUUUGGCGCUUUUCAGAAGUGUCCUUUCGUCAAAGAUCCAAAUUUAAGCGAAGGCUACACCACCGAAGAUGAUUUUGGAUGCCACGGUGAUGAUACACCUCACAGUUCACAAAAAGAAUACGACAUUCCUAAUGUGGUCCAAUGUAAAGACCUGAAGAAUUCAAGGGAAGAGGAAAUGGAUCCGUUAAAGAUGGUCCACGUCAUAUUUUACACAUUCAUGGAACUUGACAUAUUGAACGCCGUCAAUUCUAUCAUCAACGAUUUAAGCUUACAUAUGAAAAACUUGACUACUAAUGACUGUUCACAUUAUGGCGGUGAUUCAACCAAAAAGUUGUUACGAGAUUACUUCGCUCAAUUUUAG